GCGACACUCCUGUCAAACCUGCACUGAGAUGGUUACUGUGCAUACUGCAAGUCACCUACCACACCUACUUAAGUAAUCAUGGCAAAGCGUGUUGCAGUUAUUCUGUCCGGCUGUGGCGUCUAUGAUGGCACAGAGAUCCACGAGGCCUCAGCCGUCCUGGUCCAUCUGAGUCGCGCUGGAGCAAAAGUGCAGAUGUUUGCCCCAGACGGAGAUCAGAUGCACGUUGUAAAUCACUGCGUGGGGAAACCUACUGAGGAGAAGAGGAACAUCCUGCAGGAAAGCGCUCGUAUCGCUAGGGGCGACGUGACAGACCUGGCCAAGCUGGACGUCUCAGCGUUUGAUGCUGCCAUCAUUCCAGGAGGGUUUGGUGUGGCUAAGAACCUGAGUGACUGGGCUGUAAAGAACAAGAGCUGCACCGUCCAGCCACAUCUGGAGAAGAUCAUCAAGGAUUUCCACAAAGCAGGAAAGCCUCUGGGCAUGUGCUGCAUUUCGCCUGUCCUGGCUGCAAAGCUGCUGCCUGGCUGUGAGCUCACCGUGGGGCAGGACAAAGAGUGUGAAAAGUGGCCGUUUGCUGGGACAGCUGGAGCUUUGAAGGACAUGGGCUGCAAACACGUGAACAAAGACGUGGAUGAAGCUCACGUUGAUGUCAAGAACAAGCUGGUCACCACCUCUGCCUUCAUGUGCAACGCUCCCUUUCACCAAGUGUUUGAUGGAAUCGGCGUCAUGGUUCAAGAAACACUGAAACUUGCCUAAAGAGUUUCGUUACAUAUCUGAUUGCACAUACCUGUUUAAAACAUGCAUCAAAUGUGUUCAUGAGGAUGUUGUUAAAAUACAGCUUUAAUGUAGUUGUUGCAGUGUGGAUUGUUUUAAAUGUUCAAUAAAAUGCUUUCUGAAUAUUA